AGAGAAAAGGUUUGAGAACCACUGUGUUAUACCAUGUGUCCGUGUGAAUGCUGGGUUCUGAUUGGCUGCUGGGCGUGAAUUAAAAAGUGAUCAUGCACACCUAAAAAAAUAAGUUCCAGUCACAUAGCGUAAAUGUUCUGUAUGUGUAUGUUCUCCUCUGGCUUCUUCAAAACAAACUUCAUCUUCAUCAUCUGGACAAAGAGGUGAACUUUGUCUGAACUGACCCCAUCGUCAUGACCAGCAAAUAUGACGCUGUCCUUUGCCGCCGCAGUCGAGGUCGAUGCCCGCUCAGCUGAUACCAUGACAACGCACAACAAAUAGUCAAUUUUUUGUUAAAAAGCUAUUUAAACCGGAAAAAUAACUGGAAUAAAGUACUAACAAUUGAUUUAAUUUUUAUUUCUUUUGGAUGUGACCAUGGCAUGCGCGGGAAAAUGGCCUUCGAAGUGUCCAUUAUCAGAAAUUAACAGACUUUAUAGAUGGACUUUGAACCUCAGUGUCGUCCAUUAAUUUAAAAUUAUGGACAUUUCAUCGGCCAAUAACCCUUAAUUAUCUGACACCCUGCAGCCAAUCAGAAUCGCGUAUUGACCUGGAACAUGGUAUAAAACUGCUUAAAUAUUAAAUAAGUAACUUUUAAGCCAUAUAUAAAUUCUGUUUUUAAAAUUGCUUUCAGCUUGAGGCAGAAAUUAAUGAAAAGUUUAAAGUUUUCUUUUAAAUGAUGUUGCAGAUUCCCUUUUAUUUUGUUGUUCGUUGCCUUCCUUGACCCGUUGAAUCUAUCUGGUUCACGUGUUAUGGGAAAAAAAGGGAUUUCCUGUUUGUGUUUUUGUUUUUGGUUUUUUUGUCAUGGGAAUGUGUCACUUCGCUGGUCUGGGGUUCAAAUCCCAGGCCACACAGUCAUUUUGUCCUUAAGAAAGACACCUGACCCCACAUUGUCUUCAAAUAAAAAAAGAGAGAAAUGUCAUGUACUAGUGUUUCAAAAUUCAAACAAUCUGUCCAUAAUAUUUCUUUAUUUUUUUUCCACUACAGAUAAGCCAUGAUCCCCAUCACUGAAUUGCGGUACUUUGUGGAUACACAGCCAGCAUACCGCAUCCUGAAACCAUGGUGGGAUGUGUUCACGGACUACAUUUCUAUCGUCAUGCUGAUGAUUUCCGUGUUUGGAGGAACGCUGCAGAUCACACAGGACAAAAUGAUCUGCCUGCCUUGCAAAUGGGUCGUCAAUGAAACCUGCAAGAAAAACUUUAGCUCUAUUCUGUCCUCGACCUUUUUCAAGGAACCCAAAGGGAUCCAGUAUGAUCUGGACCGGCACCAGUACAACUACGUUGAUGCUGUGUGCUACGAAAACAGACUGCACUGGUUUGCCAAGUACUUUCCUUACUUAGUAUUACUCCACACCCUGAUUUUUCUCGCUUGCAGCAACUUUUGGUUCAAGUUUCCACGGACUAGCUCCAAACUGGAGCACUUUGUGUCCAUCUUGCUGAAAUGCUUUGACUCUCCGUGGACAACCAGGGCUCUGUCAGAGACGGUGGUCGAGGAAAGCGACCCCAAACCCAUGAAAAUGAACGGCUCGGUGGACCACAAAGAAUCCGUCAUAAGUGAAGAUGUGGAGGCGAGCGUCCCGAUGCUCCAGAGGACAAAGACGCUGUUCGAGCAGGGCAUCGUCGAUCGCACAGAAACGGGAGUUUUAGACAAAAAAGAAGGCGAGCAAGCGAAAGCCCUUUUCGAAAAGGUGAAGAAGUUCCGCAUUCACGUGGAGGAAGGAGAUAUCGUGUACCGACUGUACAUCCGCCAGACCAUCAUCAAAGUGAUCAAGUUUAUUUUGAUUAUCUGCUACACGGGGUAUUACGUGCAUGACAUCAAAUUCAGCGUGGACUGCGCCGUUAAUAUAGAGAGCCUGACUGGCUACAGUGUUUACCGCUGUGCUCACCCGUUAGCUACUCUUUUUAAAAUCCUAGCCUGUUUCUACAUAAGCCUGGUGGUGGUUUAUGGUCUGAUCUGCAUGUACACCCUCUGCUGGAUGCUGCGUCGCUCUCUGAAGAAGUACUCCUUCGAAUCCAUCCGUGAAGAGAGCAGCUACAGCGACAUACCAGACGUCAAGAACGACUUUGCAUUCAUGCUGCACAUGAUCGAUCAGUAUGACCCUCUCUACUCCAAGCGCUUCGCCGUCUUCCUUUCAGAAGUCAGUGAGAACAAGCUGAGGCAGCUCAACCUCAACAACGAGUGGACUCUGGAUAAGCUCCGGCAGAGGAUCACCAAGAACUCCCAGGAGAAGUUAGAACUGCACCUCUUCAUGUUGAGUGGCAUCCCCGACACCGUGUUUGAUCUGAUGGAGCUGGAGGUUCUCAAGCUGGAGCUGAUUCCAGAUGUCACCAUCCCACCCAUCAUUGCCCAGCUGGUAAACCUGCGAGAGAUGUGGCUUUAUCACACCCCGGCUAAAAUCGAAGCCCCCGCUCUGGCUUUUCUGCGUGAAAACUUGAAGUCUUUGCAUAUCAAGUUCACAGAUAUAAAAGAAAUCCCUUUAUGGAUCUACAGCUUAAAGAAUCUCAGUGAGCUUCAUCUGACGGGGAACCUCAGCGCCGAGAACAACCGUUACAUAGUCAUCGACGGCCUCCGGGAGCUCAAGAGGCUCAAGGUUCUUCGUCUGAAAAGCAAUCUAACCAAGCUACCUCAAGUGGUGACCGAUGUGGGCAUGCAUCUCCAAAAGCUCUCCAUCAACAACGAAGGAACCAAGCUGAUGGUCCUGAAUAGUCUGAAGAAGAUGGUCAAUCUCACAGAACUAGAGCUCAUUCGCUGUGAUCUGGAGCGAAUCCCGCACUCCAUCUUCAGUUUGCACAACCUGCAGGAAAUCGAUUUGAAGGACAACAACCUGAAGACCAUCGAGGAGAUUAUCAGCUUCCAGCACCUCCAUCGUCUGGUCUGCCUGAAGCUCUGGUACAACCAGAUCGCUUACAUCCCCAUCCAGAUCGGAACCCUGAACAACCUGGAGAAACUGUACCUCAACAGAAACAAGAUUGAGAAGAUCCCCAGCCAGCUGUUCUAUUGCCGCAAGCUGCGCAUCUUAGACUUGAGCCACAACAACUUGACAUCCAUCCCAGCAGACAUCGGCUUCCUGCAGAAUCUUCAUUACCUGGCAGUGACGGCUAACAGGAUUGAGAGUCUGCCAAACGAGCUCUUCCAGUGCAAGAAGCUUCGCACCCUGAACUUGGGAAACAAUUGCCUCCAGUCUCUACCGUCCCGCUUCGGAGAGCUGACCGCACUGACGCAGCUGGAGCUGAGAGGAAACCGUCUGGAGUGUCUCCCCGUGGAGCUGGGCGAGUGCCGACAGCUCAAGCGGACCGGCCUCGUGGUGGAGGAGGACCUUUUCAACACCCUGCCCUCUGAAGUUAAGGAACUUUUGUGGAAAGCCGAUAAGGAACAGGUUUGAAAAGCUCCGCCAGUGACAUUGGAGCGCUGAUAACUCUGUGUUGACGCAGGAAGUACUGUCUGCUCCGUCCCAAAGGAAGUCUGACGUUGGCGUCAGUCGUGCUGUCCAUGAGGCCGACUGUGUCCCUCUGCAGGAAUUCUGUCUGUGGUCGCUGUGGUUAGUUUUAUCUUUAUGAACAGUUUCCUGAGGCGUCUCUCAACAGGCCCGUGAUUAUCUUCUUCUCCAAUAACGUAGCAGUGCCGUUGGGGUCGGAUUAAGGAAUUCCAAGAUGGCGUUCCCACAUUUUUACCCGCGAUGGGUAAAAUCAAGGAUUAUAGAUGUUCUAAUGCUGUAGAACUCCUCACUAUACACUCUCUGCACUUUUCUCCAACAAACAGGAACAUUUUCACGCUUCUCUCUCAUUUAAGCUCCAAAAUUUAGACCGAUGUAGAAAAUCAAGUCCAGUUUUAUAGAAUGAAGUAAAAAAUCAGUCUUUGUAUUUUAGAGGGAUGAUAAUUCAUGAAAUGAUUGUUUAUUAUUCUAAAUUAGAAGGUGACCAAGUUUGACUGAGAAGAUGGAUCGAUGUACCUGGAAAAAUGUCGACUUAGGCUGAAGUCCAAAAAAAAAGCUACUAUUUUAUUUAACCAAUUGCCAUUGGUGACUUUUUACCAUAUUGAGACGUUAUUUUAAAUAUUUUUUGUAUUUGUUUGAACUGAGUCGUUUUAUCUCCAGAGGGGGGGUUACAUGACGUCUUCAUCAGAGAAGUUUGCUUGUCGGGAGUAAUUGUGUGACAUGAAUAUUGUUUACCACUCUGCCAAUAUAAACUGAUCAAUCUUAUAUUUGUGAAAGAAACUGUAAAAAAAAGAAAAAAAGUUGUAUUUAAGUUACAUUAUUAUCAUUAUUUAACCACUUAUUUAUCACAUUAUUUUUGCCUUAAUGUUUGUAUUCUUUGUUCCUUUAUUAGAGCUGGGAAGUCUUUAACUAAAGAAAAUGUCUGUUUUCCUCGGAUAGUUGAGACGUUCGUCUUCUUUCUGCAGACAGUUGGGAGACUAAGGAUGUUUUCUCACGUUUCUUGAUGCUCCUCAUUUUAUCAAGUGACCAUAAUUUAGCUUUAUUAAAGUUACACAGCCAAGUCAAAUAAAGCAAACUUUUUUCAUUGCGUCACCUUUAUUUGUAACUUUUUCUUUUUCUUUUUAAUUUUUCUUUUUACUGCAGCGUCACAAUUUACAGACAAAACAGUGUUUUGUGUGAGUGUGUGUUAAAAGUAUGUGAUACACUUCUAGCAGACGAAGGGAUCAGUAUUCGUGUGUGUUUGUGUUUUGUUUUUAUCAUUUCUAAAGUCUGAAGAAAAAAAGAAAACAUGUAUUUGUAGCAGAGAUGUUGUUUUAUAGUAAAGGUUUAACAUUUGACUUAAAGCUAAAGUUUUACUUCUAGCUUUUGUGUGAAAAAACCCCCAAUCAAGAUUGUGGGUCAGCAGAAAAAAAACCAUGUUUGUUUCUUUGUAACCUUUGCAGCGGCAUUACAUGUUAGUAUAAUAAACGUCUUUUUCUCUAACAUGUCUAACUGCUGUACUGUAUUUGUAGAUUUUGUCUUAAUUUGGAUUUUUUUUUGCCAAAUUGCAGUCUAGUUGCUUAAGAUUUCCAUCAGAGGUUCUGCAGGAUGCGAUUGCACCGUCCCACCCGUCACAUUAAGACGCCUAAUGAUGUACUUUACAGUGUAUGCAGGAAAUGAAAAGCUGCACUUUAAACUGUUCUCAUGAUAUGGAAGUAAGAGGUCAUUAAACAAGACAAUCAUUUAUUAUCUGUGAAAGUCUUGCAUUGAAGGGGUUUGAAAGGAAUUACAUAUUUGAUGAGUUUGUUCAAUGCUUUGUCUGCACCAUGUCUUCCUUAUGUAAGGGAUUGUGUAUUUGAAGAAAACUGCACGUAUUAAAAUACCACUCAAUUUCUCAGGAAACGACCAAGUAUUCACUUUAUUUGUUGUUGUUUUUACAGCAUCAUUUGAAACACUUCUAUGCAUUUGUGUUUGCAUUUAUUCAGAAACUACUUGUUUCCUGUGGUUUUGACUUUUCUCCAUCAUAGUUCUGUCCUUGUGAGUAGCACAAUUCAAGUACAUGGAUGUUUUGUGUUUGCAUGACGGGAUGUUUUCUUUUAAUGGGUUUUUUAAGCAUCUUUGGGUACAAAGUUACAGGUCAUGUUUCUUUAAUUGUCACAAAUGCAAAAGCUGCAUUUAGUUCAGUUCAGUGUUACUUUUCACCAAAAUAAAGAAAAACUACAGACCAUGCAA